GUUUUUUUCAAAACAAAAACUCCUCAUAAAAAUUAUUAUUAAGUUUUCGCUAUGAAAAGCAAAACUCUUAGCUCUCAAUCACAGGGCUUGGUACUAUCCUUGCUGAAUUAUUUUCAACAAGAAAAGGAUAAUGGAGGGCCUCUAUUACCAUUGUUAGCUGUCCAAGAGAGGGUGGCUCAAGCACUAAGUAUCAGUUUGUCCACUAUUACCAGAAUACAGCGCCGUUUAUCAUCUAAUGAUAAUGUCUUAAGAUCACCUGGAAAGAAGAGACCCAGAAAAAAGUCUAAGACAACAGAUAGUCAGGCAUAACAUACGAGAUACAGUGUAUCAAA